AUGGCGGAUCUCCGCCACAACACAGAUGGUCCAUCACCACUCUCCGCAGAAGGCUACGAUGAAUCGCUCCUUCCCGAUUUCCACCGGGAAUUCAUUUCUGAAGAACACCUCCAAGAAUUUGCCAACGCGCUGAGCGCACCAGAUCCAAGUCCUAGUUCAGAUGAUCUGUCAGUAUAUUCGCAAGUUCAGAGUCCGAGAGAGCCAUCUACACCACAUCGCAGCAGUAUAGAUAUACGGAGAAAUAGUAAAGUUGCACUUGGGAGUGGAUCAAAUACACCGGGAGAUAGGGGAAGUUUGUUCAUUACUGCCCAGAACGACUGGGCUCCGGUGAAUCCUACGAGGUUAGGCGGGAGGGGGAAAAGGAAAGGAGAGAAGAGGAAGGCAGGUAGAAAAUCGAGAAGAAGUAAAGAUGAGACGAGAGAAGGAUAUCUAUAUUCCAUUUUGAAAUGGCCAUUACUGGGAGUGGUUUUUAUGUGGAUUGGGGGGUUAGGAUUGUCAUAUUUGGUGACGAGAUUGUAUAUUUGGACAUAUGAGCAUUUCAUUGCUUGGAGGGGCAAACGAAAUCAGUUGCGGAAACGACUGUACAGCACCACGAACUACGGCGAUUGGGUCAAAGAAGCACAAGAAUUGGAUAAAUAUCUAGGAAACGAUAAGUGGAAAGCUGAGGAUGAAUACGCCUACUAUGAUUCCAAGACAGUGCGAAGAGUUUUGGAACAGAUUCGAAAGUGCAGACGGAGAAUCGAACAAGAGGAUGGAGCAGGAAAGUCAUCCAACGGAAGUGCUGCGACAAAAGCAAAAGCAGUUGAGGACCUGAAAGCAUUAAUCGAGGCAUGCGUAAAGAAUAAUUUUGUGGGAGUAGAAAAUUCAAGAUUAUACUCCCAAACUUAUUACGGAACGAAGAAUUUGGUACAAAAUUUCGUUGAUGAAGUCGAGAGAGGUGUUUCAAUUCUGGCAAAAUCUGAUCUACUCCAAGAUGAAGAAAAGCGUACACUCUUCAAACGGAUGCACACAAAUUAUGGUCGCACGGCACUUUGUCUUUCUGGUGGAGCAUCUUUUGCUUAUUACCAUUUUGGAGUUAUUAAAGCAUUGCUAGAUGCGAAUCUUUUGCCGGAAGUGAUAACAGGGACUUCAGGGGGUGCUCUAGUAGCUGCUUUAGUCGCCACAAGAACCAACGAUGAAUUAAAGGCGUUGCUUGUCCCUGCUCUAGCUGGUCGAAUCAAUGCCUGCUCGGAGCCAUUCACUACUUGGGUGCCUAGAUGGUGGAAAUCAGGAGCCAGAUUCGACUCAGUAGAAUGGGCUCGACGAUGCAGUUGGUUUACGCGAGGUAGCAUGACUUUCCGUGAAGCAUACGAACGAACUGGCCGAAUCCUUAAUGUGUCAUGCGUUCCUGCUGAUCCUCACAGUCCUACCAUAUUGACCAAUUAUUUGACAAGUCCUGAUUGUGUUAUAUGGUCAGCAGUUCUAGCUUCAGCGGCUGUUCCUGGCAUUUUGAACCCCGUAGUUCUUAUGAUGAAGCAACGAGAUGGUACUCUUGCACCAUACUCAUUUGGUCACAAAUGGAAAGAUGGGAGUUUACGGACCGAUAUUCCUCUCAAAGCACUAAACCUACACUUCAAUGUCAACUUUAGCAUCGUUUCUCAGGUCAAUCCUCAUAUUAAUCUAUUUUUCUUCUCUUCACGAGGUUCAGUCGGUCAACCAGUCACUCAUAGACGUGGUAGAGGUUGGAGGGGUGGAUUCCUUGGAAGCGCCACUGAACAAUAUCUCAAACUCGAUCUUAAGAAAUGGCUGAAAGUAGUACGCCACCUUGAGUUACUACCACGUCCUUUGGGUCAGGAUUGGAGUGAAAUAUGGCUUCAACAAUUCUCGGGAAAUAUUACAAUCUGGCCACGAUCCAUCAUCUCGGACUUUUGGCGUAUCCUUAGUGAUCCGAAUCCAAAGCAAUUGGGCAGGAUGCUUCACGUUGGUCAGCAAAGUGUAUUCCCAAAACUAAUGUUUAUUGCCAAUCGAUUAAAAGUCGAAAGAAAUAUUGAGUCUGGAAGAAGAGCAACUCGACAGAAUGUGAGAAGAGGUAGCAUUGAGAGUAUUUUGAGUGAAGAUGAUUUGAAAGAUCUACUUGUACGAAGUGGUACGGCCAGCGAAGCCGAAGGGGAAACAGCUACACAAUCAGACGAUGAACUGACGGAUAGCGUGGUGACAUCUGAAGACGAAUUUGACGGACUCAAUUUGAAGAUGAGUGAGAAGGAACCCCUGAUUAAUGGGGAUAAGGAAGAGUAA